CGCGGCCAGGCCGGGAUGCAGCACGAAGCCCCGCUCCGCGCGGGGAGGGCCCCCCCGGCCCCCCCCGGAGAGCCCGGCCGCCGCCUGGUGCUCGGGGUCACCUACCUGCUGACGGCGCUCGAGCUCACCUGCCUCUUCAUGCAGUUCUCCGUUAUGCCGUAUCUGGUGAAGAACCUGGGCCUGGACUCCGUGGGCUUCGGCUACCUGCAGACCCUCUUUGGGGUCCUCCAGCUCCUGGGAGGCCCCCUUUUUGGCAGGUUUGCUGACCAGCGGGGGGCCCGGGCAGCCCUGACCCUCUCCUUCGUGGCCGGUUCUGGGCUCUACCUGCUUCUCUCCCUCGCCACCAAUGUGCCUCUCCUUGUGGCGUCCCGGAUCCCAGCUGUGUUCAUGCAUGUGCUCCCAGGGGCCCAGAUGGUCAUCACAGACCUGACCCCCCCAGCAGAUCGCCCGGGAGCCCUGGGGAAGCUGGGCCUGUGCUUUGGAGUAGGAGUCAUCCUGGGCUCCCUGCUUGGCGGGACCCUGAGCACCAAGUUUGGCCUGUACUCGCCCGCCUACGUGGCCUUCCUGGCCAACGUCCUGGGCACGGCCGUCAGCCUCACCUGCAUCCCCGCCAACACCAAGGCCGCCUCGGACCCCGGCCCGGCCGCGUCGGGCAAACGUCCGGCGGCCAGCGUGUUCGACCUGAAGGAAAUCACGCGCCUGCUGGGGCUGCCCGGCGUCCGGCCCGUCUUCUUCAUCAAGAUCCUCUCGGGCUUCCCAUCAGGGCUCUUCAUGAUCAUGUUCUCCAUCAUCUCCAUGAACUUCUUCCAGCUGGAGGCCGCCCAAGCUGGGUACCUCAUGUCCUACUUCGGGGUCCUCCAGAUGGUGGUCCAAGGCCUGAUCAUUGGGAGGCUGACCGAGCGGUACUCCGAGGGGACCCUGCUCCGGGCCAGCGUCGUUGUGUUCAGUGCCGUGGGCCUGGCCAUGGCCUCCAUGACCAACGUCUUCCACUUCUGCCUCCUGGUGCCCGGCCUGGUCUUCAGCCUCUGCACCCUGAACAUCGUCACGGACAGCAUGCUGACCAAGGCGGUGCCGCCCUCGGACACAGGCGCCAUGUUGGGCAUCUGCGCCUCCGUCCAGCCGCUGACCCGGACCAUCGGGCCCACCCUGGGCGGCCUCCUCUACCAGAGAUUCGGCGUGGCCGCCUUCGGCUCCCUGCAGUUUGCCGUCAACUUUCUCCUCUUCCUGUAUCUGUGCAAGAAGGAGGUUCCCCAGAAAACCAAAAGGGCGCCGUGACCUUGGCCCCAAAGGGAGCUCCCCCUCCCCAUCCUGCUAAUAAAUGCCUUAAGCCCUC